AUGGAAGACCCUAAUUGUAAGAGUAAUUCAGCUGAAGAGCUUACUCUAAACGAAGACGAAGAAGAAGAGGAAGAAGAAGAAGAGGUCUCUGAAGACGGAUGGGUACAAUGGUUUUGCAGUUUAGAAGGUCACGAAUUCUUUGCAGAGGUCUCAGACGAGUACAUUGAAGAUUCAUUCAAUCUUUAUGGUCUAAAGACAAAAGUCCCUCAUUAUCGCGAAGCGUUAGAAUUAAUCCUUUCAGGGAGCCCUCCUGAUGAAGAAGAUCUGCAGGAUGAGACUUAUCUUGAAUUGUACCAAGCCGCUACUGACCUUUAUGGCCUUUCCCAUGCCCGCUUUAUUCAAUCUGCUCCAGGGCUUGCAAUAAUGAGAGAAAAAUAUUUGUCAGGACAGUUUGGGUUUUGUCCUAGAGUCAUGUGUGAGCGGCAGCACGUGAUCCCUGUAGGAAUGUCUGAAGAAUUAAGGACGUCACGUGUAAAAGUUUUUUGCCCCAGAUGUGAAGAUGUUUAUAUUCCCAAACAAAAAUAUGCAGACGUUGAUGGCGCGUAUUUUGGGUUGUCGUUUCCACAUAUUUUGUUACAGAGUUACCCUGAUUUGUAUCCAAGUGCAAGUGUUGCGAAGUAUGUGCCGAAGAUCUAUGGGUUCAAGAUUCAUAAUAAAGAAACUACCAAAGCUAUAUAA